AUGGCCUUUGAACAUCCAAGACCGCAGAAACGAGCCAUACCUGCAUAUCCCUCAUCUUCUAGAGCUCCGCAAAUGUACGACACGUACUCUGGCGAGUCUCCUCCGCGAACACCUCCACCCCAAAGCAACAAAUACAAAACCAUGCGAAAGGGAGAUUGGAUGCUGCAGCCCCCCAUCCGCCAAACAUUUCUGGACGAUUUCCCCCCCGUUGAUAACCAUGGCAACCCGGACUCAGAAGAGGAUGAUCAUGAUACUCAUGACUUAUCCCUAUCCCCCAAGCACGUUACGCGUUCGUCGGUAGUAGAUAACAUGCUUUUGUCCCUGGACCAGUUUUCGGUCAGUGACCCACAUGGUAACUCCCGCCUGUUCGGUUCCAGCCUGGAUCAGGAAACGCACCCCAUCUAUACACGGUACUCUUCUAUGAGGACUAGUCGACCUCGAGGCGACACGUUCUCUUCUUCUAUAUCUUCAGAUAUUGAAGUACACUCGGAGGAUAAUGUUGGCCGUUACUCUAGCCAAUCUACUCGUGGUCGCCGGAGUAACAGCAAUUCUAACUACCAUCCUGGUCUUCGGCGAAUUGACAGUGUUCGUGGGGUUGGAGAGAGUAUGAGUGCGCGUAACAAGACGUAUGAUGCUCAACGUGGAUCGAACAUUGCAGAUCGACCGCCUACUCAUCGAACAUCCAGAGUCGGCAUUAAGACCAGUAGUCGAAGCAGUGGCUCCUCCAGUGUGGACUUUAAUCAAAUGACGGCUGGUGGUCGUCUGGGACAGUACACGGAGCGACGGUCCGCCAGCUUUGACUAUGGAUCCAGCCUACCCCCUUCACAGCCACUGAUGGACAAUCGAGGUGGGUUUGAAGACUUCAUUCAUUACAACGGGUUUCAUUACGAUGACAUCGACGCAGCUCCUACCCCUUGCAUUCCUGUAGGCCCUCGACGCAAUAUCUCCCCUCCAAUGCGCGAAUUGGCCUACAAUAGAACCGCUCCCAGCAGCUCCCGGGGCCCCGCCUUAUCCCGUAAGCGCAGCAGCAAAUCAGCUAGGAGCAUGUACACGAAGAAUGGACGUUCUGAUACUCUCGGAACCGCAACUAUCCGAGGGCGAGGAAACGAGUCGAGACACCAUCGUGACCCUAUCCCGGAUUUUCCUCCCUCUAUGCCGACCUAUUCCCUUCACCAACCUGCUCCUAGCCCAACAGUUGCAUUCCAUAAAUCUGCUUAUGAUUCUCCCCAGCCGGUCAUCAACAAUACUCCACCACCGCCCACACCAAAAGAACGACCGGGGUUUUUCCGGCGGGUUUUUGGUGGCGGUUCUUCAAAGUCUCAGCCCCUAUCGCGGUCUGAAGUCGGCGCUUCAUAUAGCCAAGAAAAUGAGACCCCUCGACAACAAAGAGAGCAGCAUCACAGUGCUCCUAAUUCCUCCAAAGGACAGAAGCAAUCAAUAAAGGAGUACUCAUCUCCUGGAAACAACGUGUCAAGCCGCGAAAACACUCCUGUAAUAACUAAAAAGCCAUCAUCCUUCUUCCGUCGCCGGAAGAAGUCCAUUCCAGAUCAUGUCCCACCACCGCUGAAACUAUCUCUUUGUAGUUCGAAGCCAGAACACUUUAAAGUUGAUCAUUUACGUGGCGAUUCGGGCCCAGAACCUAGCCCAGUUAGCAGUCUCAGGAAGGUUAUGGAUCCUUACUUGACAAACACAUCAUCACAUGAGGUUGACCACGACCCCGCGAUGGACGAUGCAGAUAAGGAAGUUUCAGGCGGCGAACAGCCAUCCCUCGCUGACUUUAAACAUGACCCUGCGGAAGUAAUGAGCAACGAGAUGUCUACAAUCCCAGAGAACAAUUCCCGUACCCAAAAACCAAGAAAGCUAAACUCUCUUAAUUUCAAAUCCGGACUCAAUCUAAACGUAUCUUCUCAUGACCGUGAUGAUUCUUUCCUGACCGAGAGGAGCAGUGUAAACGAGGGAGCGGAUCCAGCAUAUUCCAGUGAUCGAACCAGGCGCCCUAUGACUAGUCCCAAUACGCCAACCCAUAUGAAACUAAUGCCAGUAGGACAAUCGGCCGAAUUUAUCAGUGGCUCACAUUCGUCGGAGAAAACAAGCGCCAACGGCUCGCAGGCAUCACACGCAGUUUCACCAACGCACCAACAAUUAUCACAAAUCAUGCAUGGGGCUACUGAUGGAUUGACCAUUUCUACGGCUUCAUUGUCUACUUCAGUAUCGUACAAUAAAUCCGAACACGACUCGUCAUAUGUGCAAUCUCAUGUUCUAACUGGGGAUAAUCAUGCACAUCCUACGAGGCAUCUGCAGGAGAAGGCCUGGCAGGAAGCUGAUUCUCCUGUUGAACAUUUAUCUGAUGGGCGUAACAAGUUGAAUCUACCGCUGGAAGGGCCGAUUACGUCUCCUCGGGCGUCGCUGUCCACUGUGUCCAACUAUCACACGGCAUCGAACACUCCGAUAAUUCCAGAUGAUGAGAAUAGGACCAGAGAUAGUAAGUUGCAGGCGUUACCUCUGAUCCAUACGGAAAUAGAAGUGGAGAGGAACCCCACUGAUACCAAUAAUGGCGACACGACCAUUCUUGCCGUUAAUGAGGAGCCUACUGCAGAGGACAGACAGCAUGCCCAGAAGAUAUUCGAUGAAUUCGAGGAUGAAACAGAAGGCAAAGAACCUAGAGCAGCUUGGCUUGGAAGCCCGGAUCGGUCGGCCGUGAGAAAGGCAUACAUGGAACUUUUCGACUGGUCAAAUAUGAAUAUCUUAGCAGCAUUAAGAGGACUAUGCGGUCGACUUGCGCUGAAGGGUGAAACUCAGCAGGUCGAUAGAAUUCUUGAUGCUUUCUCGUCACGAUGGUGUGAAUGUAAUCCGGAACAUGGCUUUAAGGCAACAGAUGUUGUUCAUACAAUAUGCUACUCUCUUCUGUUGUUGAAUACCGAUCUUCACAUGGCGGACAUUGAGCAGAAAAUGACACGCAGUCAAUUUAUUAAGAAUACCAUGCCCACCAUCCAGCGGGUUGUUUUAGACGCCGCCCCGAACGCUUUCGAACGAACAAAUCCUGGAAACGCUUCCAGUAAGGCACAGCCCCCAGGAGCCAACGUAAUCUCUGGCGCGCUCAUUGGGAAGUCUCCUACUCUUCCUCCUGUACGCCAUGGAGGCCACGGUUCGGUAGAUAUGGAUGUUCCCCACAGUACUCUAUCAAAACCCACGGAGAGCACCCCGAGAACAAACUCUCUAAGUGUUGUUGGCACGAGCCAAAAUUCUGAUGUCCCUUCCAGCGACUCGGGUCCUUUAGUUUCCACGCCGUUCCGCGGCACACAAAAGGGCUGGGAAUUUCAAAUUGAAUCCGUUCUCAGAGACUUCUAUAACUCUAUCCAUAAGCAGAGACUGCCCCUCCGAGGUGCAACUGUAGAAGCUGGGGAACCUCAUCAUCCUUCGAACAACUUCUUAACGCUGACUGGCAAUAUGCUCCGUCGCACACCGAGCACGUUGAGCAAAAGUGGGUCCGACAUUUGCCCGCGAGGCCGGCACAUGGAGAAUCGACUAUCAACCGCUCGGUGGUCCUCAAAACCUAGGUCUCGUCCAAGAUUGUAUCCAAGUUCAAAUAUCGGCUCAAGCCGUACUAGUCUUGAUGAUCAGUCUUCUGUUUGGUCACCGUCGGCAUCAAGUACGUGGAGCAAGCAUUCCCUUGGGAAGACCUUGACUUCGAUGUCGAUGGAUUCACUAGGUUCUGAGUUUCCACGAGGCGACUAUCAGCAGUCCAUUGGGUUUGCCAAUGCCUUGAGCCAUGCCAUUAUUCGCGAAGACUCGGCUAAUGCAAUGUCCGGCAUGGAGGACUCAGAACGAGCGGCCGCUCUUUUAGAGGAUGAAACAUUGGAGCUUGCGGGUGCACCAUGGGCAAAGGAGGGCAGUCUUAAGCACAAACAUCAUCUCGAUUCGGUUGAUAAACGCUCCAAGGAUAGAAAUUGGAAUGAAUCAUUUGCCGUAAUUCAGCGCGGUUGGAUGCGAUUGUUCUCAUUUAACGCCUCGACCAAGUCCAUGCGGUUGAAGCCGAAACAGCGACAGAAUGGCGGCCUUGUCGUUGGUGGGGGUAAUUGGACAGAAAACGCGGAAGAAACGUGGAAAUUUCUUCUACGUCAGUCCAUCGCCAGCGCCCUCCCGUCGCCGGGCUACUCGAAGUCCCGCCCCCAUGUAUGGGCACUAAGCCUGCCAACGGGCGCCGUCCACCUGUUCCAAGUAGGCACGCCGGAAAUCGUGAAAGAGUUUGUCUCAUCUGCCAACUAUUGGAGCGCCAGGUUAUCUAAGGAGCCGUUAUUUGGCGGCAUCAGUAACAUCGAAUAUGGCUGGAGCCCUGCAGUCAUUAAUAGCGCUUUAGUUCAUAAUAGUGGCAACGGCGAAACAACUGCUACCGACUCCUCUUCCACCAGUGGCCCACAACAACAAACAGCACCGCCUCCACAAACCGCAAACUCCUCGGCUACCCGCCAAAGCUUCCAAAGCUCCUUCCGUGGCUCUCUAGAUCACCAAUCCAGCGUACGUCCCCGCCUCCCUGCCGACCGCAUACAUAUCAGCGACUGGACUCCUCCGCAACAAAGCAUGAUGGCCUCCACGCUCUCGGAAAAUGACCAACUUUCCACGCUUCGCAGAUACGUCAAACACGUCGAGGAGGAGUUACAGCGACAUAACGAACUACGCGGCGCGAUGUCUCUAGCAUUUACUCCCCGCCACCCCAAUGCAAAUAAAGCACUAGCGAAUUGGGAGCGGAAGAGUUCAUAUCUCUUGAGAGAGAUUGUAAAGUUUCGCACAUAUAUUGAUUGUUUGACGACGGCGCAGACGUUGAGGGAGAAGAUCUGGGCCGUUUCUGCUGGGACGAGCGGGAAUGGAGCCGGAACAAGUACGGAAACGCCGACGGCGUUGCACGGGUUAGUAGAGCUGAAGACAUCGCCAAUUGAUAGACCGCGGGCUUCUAGCUUAAGUGUUUCUUGA